CGUGAAUCUUUGUUUACCUGAAUCUUGUUUAUAAUACUUGAAUUUGACUUUGAAUCUUGUUUAUAAUAAGUGUACGUGUGUAAACUCGCAUUCAUACAAGUGCCGACAUGUCGACGUACAAUCGCGUCUCGGGCAUCACUCGCAUCGUCAAGGACGAAUGCAGCUUCACCUGGACCAUCGCCGACUACGGCCUCAUCUCCAAGCGUCCCGAGGUUAGGCUCAACUCGCCCAUCUUCUGCGUCAACGACUGUCCGGACAAGCGAUUCCGGCUCGACUACUAUCCGGGCGGGCGCGAGACCAGCCCGAACUGGGCCUCGCUGCAUCUGGUGCGCAUGUCGCCGGCCCGCGACGAGCUCACCUGCGAGUGCAAGCUCGCCGUCGUCGUCGGCGACACGACCAUCGCCUCAAAGGAGUUCGUCGAGGUGUUCGCCUCGAAGGACUCGGGCGACGACACCGCGAGGGACGUCUGGGGCUUCACCAAGUUCACGAGGAUCGAGAGGAUCGAGCGGGCCAUUGCGGCCGCUGGCAACAACAUGGCGACGAUUCGCUGCGACGUGGUGGUGGCCAAGCGGCUGGAAAAGAAUCUGAUCGUGCAGUCGGGUGGCAGCAGAAAUCCGUCGUCGGCUGCGACGUACGCCGCCAAUGGAAGAAAGCGACAGAAAAUCGAGCCGCUGGCCCGAUUCGACUGGAUAUUUCUGGAAGCGCGUAACAGCGACGUGAUCCUGCAAUUCCCGAUGCAACCGCAGCAGCAGCCCGUGCCGGCGCACAAACUCGUCUUGGCCGGCGCGUCGCCCGUAUUCCGAGCCAUGUUCAGCGCGGAGAUGCUCGAGAUGCACGACAACGUCGUCGAGAUCGUCGACAUACGUCGCGAGAUCGUCGUGGAGAUGCUGCGCUACGUCUACACGGGCUCGGUCCAGCAGAAGCCGCCACUGGAGUGCGGGGCUUACUGCGAACUUCUGGCGGCCUCGGACAAGUAUCAGAUCGAGCCGUUGAAGCAGCUCUGCGAGGAGAAGCUCGGCUCGUUGCUGAGCGUCGAGAAUUGCCUCAUGGUGCUGAACUACGCGGAGAAACACGGGGCACCGGAGCUGAGGACGGACGGCGUAUAUUACGCCAAGACGCACAUGGCCGAGCUCGUGGAUUCCGAGCCGAUGAAGCAGCACGCCUCGCCCUUCGUACUCGAUAUCAUACGCUUAUUGUUGAGAAACGACUGCGAUUCGGCAUCGAGUUCGAGGACUACAACUCGCAAGACGCGGACAGUCAACACUGCAGCGAGAGCAACCGAGCAGCAGCAGCAGCAGCCCGUAAUCAUAAGUGACGAGGAGAUGGACUGGACAGCGUUACGGGCCGAGUUGACGAAAUCCAUACAAUCUUUGGAGCGUCAAAUAAUGAGCAGACGCGCUGCACGUUGA